UUUCUAAAACCAAUACACCUAUAUUUUGAGGGGAAAACCGGUCAUCAAGUGGAGUUAGAAUUCUAGCUAUGGAUUUAGUAGAAUAUAUUAGGAAAUUCACUGAAUAACUUUUAUAAAAUCCAGAACCCAAAAUCUCCAAAUUCUGAACCGCCUCUGUAUCUCGUUCCUUUAGUUGCAAAUCUUGUUCUUGAUCAUCUAGUAAGCAUAUAAGUCGUAUUGUUAAUUGAAGAAGAAGAUGGUGGCGGUGGCUCCUAAUUCUAAUUGUAGCAGAGAUGAGAAGAUGAAGAAAAUCUUCGACAAGUUCGACGUUAACAAAGAUGGCCAUCUCGACAUGACGGAGCUGGUGGAAUGGGUCAAGGCUUUAGAACCCGAAUUGAAUAACAAUGUGCAGAGCAUUCAGUUCAAACUUUCAAGCUUCCUCACCCCCAAUUACUACGCUGUCCUAGCUGGUAAUGUUAGCCUAAACUAUAUUGGCUUCACCCGCAUUUAUGCUCAAGGUUUUCGUAACGUUGAUCAUGACUUCAACUCCCUCGGUCUCCAAUUUCAACCCAAUUCUGCAAUUCAGCAGUUUUCAAGGAGUGUCAGUCUAUCACCCACAAAACAAAUAGAGAAGAAGAAUACGACACAAAUAUCUAACCAAGUUCAGGCAACGCCACAAAUGUCUAACCAGGUUCAGGCGACGCCACAAAUAUCGAACCAAGUUCAGGCAAUGACACAAGUGUCUAAUCAAGUUCAGGCAACGGCACAAGUGUCUAACCAAGUUCAGGCGACGCCACCAGUACCCAACCAAGUUCAGGCAACGGCACAAGUGUCUAACCAAGUUCAGGCGACGCCACCAGUAUCCAACCAAGUUCAGGCAACGGCACAAAUAUCUAACCAAGUUCAGGCAAUGACACAAAUGUCUAACCAAGUUCAGGCAGCAACGCGAUUAUCUCAACUUCAGGCUACCCAAGGUCGGUUAAUGACACAAUUAUCUAACCAAGUUCAGGGGGGAAGCUACAGUUUUGCUGGGCAGGUGAAUAAUUACAGAAACACACUGCAACAAGCGAUACCAACACUGAAUAAUUGCAGAAACACAGUGCAACAAGGGGUACAAACACCUCAGCUGCCUGGGCAGGUGAACAAUUAUAGAAACACAGUGCAACAAGUGAAUGCUGUAGCUGGCGUUAAGCCAAAAGGAGAGUAUAACGGGCCUGAUCCCCAACUGGCUGCUAGUCUUGAAAAAGAAAUAUUGGAUACUACUCCAGGGGUGAGAUGGGAUGAUGUUGCGGGACUAAAUGAAGCAAAGAGGCUUCUACAGGAAGCAGUGGUACUCCCACUGUGGAUGCCUGAAUACUUCCAGGGAAUCAGGAGACCUUGGAGAGGAGUUCUUAUGUUUGGUCCUCCUGGCACAGGGAAAACACUCUUGGCCAAAGCUGUUGCUACAGAGUGUGGGACAACAUUUCUGAAUGUUUCUUGCUCUUCGUUGUUGGCAAAAUUGUAUGGGGAGAGUGAACGACGGGUACGGUGCUUGUUUGAUCUUGCUCGUGCUCGUGCUCCAAGUACAAUUUUUAUUGAUGAGAUUGAUUCUCUUUGUAGUGCCAGAGGGGCUCCUGGAGAGAAUGAAGUAUCCCGAAGGGUGAAGUCUGAACUUCUAGUUCAGAUUGAUGGGUUAAACAACUCCACUAAUAAUAUAGCAGGCAAACCGGUCACAGUUUUGGCAGCAACAAAUUUCCCCUGGGGUCUUGAUGAGGCACUAAGGAGGCGGCUAGAAAAGCGGAUUUACAUCCCACUUCCUGAUUUUAAGAGCCGUAAGGAGCUUAUAAAGAUAAACUUGAUAUCAAUCACGUUAGCUCCUGACCUGGAUAUUGACCAAGUGGCACGAAGAACAGAAGGUUUCAGUGGAGACGAUCUAACAAAUAUCUGCAGAGAUGCUUCUUUAAGCGGCAUGAGACGUAAGAUAGCAGGGAAAAACCCAGAUGAGAUUAAGAACAUGUCCAAGGCUGAGAUUUUGAAAAUUCCAGUUAUGAUGGAUGACUUCCUAGAAGCUUUAGAUAAAAUACAACCCACAGUUUCUGCAGUGGACAUUGAACGACACGAGAAAUGGUUUUCAGAAUUUGGAUCAACGUAGACAAUCAAGUAAAUGCAAGUUAGGAGUGCUUAGAAAAUCACGUAAAUGCUAGUUAGAAGUGCUUUUUUUGGUCCAGAAAGAUACAAUUACUAGUGAGUCAUUGGUCAUAUGUCACAGUUGUUAUUCCUUCAGUUUUGUGCUCUACCUAUUUUGACAUUGUCGAUUGUCUGUAUGUAUAUGAAACUGCGAAAAGGCUCACCAUCGGCAAGGUUUAUAAUACUGCGAUAUUUUACAA